AUGUCACAGGUACCGGUGAUGGAUGAUGAAGACACCCUCGGCAUAGAUGAAGAAGAAUCUCUACCAUUGACAAACACCAGUGAAGUUCAACUCAGUGGCAGUGCUACAGGAGUCAGCUGGGAGGAGGAAUUGGGAGUUCGGAUGAAGAACACAAAAUCCAGGGUUGGCAUGAGAAAGAAGAAGUCAGCGAAACUGGAUGCGGAUGAGCAAUUAAGCGAAGAUGUAGCCAAACUUACAGCUUCGAACCAAGGUAUAGUCGAGAAGAUCUACAAGCACCGAAAAAAUAAGGGUGUUCUUGAAUAUCGAGUGAAGUGGGUUGGCUAUGACGGUCCACAAGAUGAUACAUGGGAACCACUCCGCCACCUCACGAGUGAACACUCACAAGCCAUGCUGAGAGAUUAUCUGACUUCUUCAAGUGCCAAAUACGCCAGUAUACAUGCAGACAUGAUGAGUUGUUUAAUUAUGUGA